UUCACUUUCCCGCUUCGUCCCUGUGUCAAGGUCAUGCCUCCGAGGCCGUCGAGCUCCUGGGGACGAGGGAAAUUGUUUUUCGCUCUGGUGUUAUUCUCGUUGCACAGAGUUGGCCCGGUCGAGGGAGAAGGAACGUUGACGAACCUGACAACGUCAGGCUCCCAAGGACGCUACCUCGUUUUUCCACCUCGAUCCUCGUGGGCGCCUACGAAAGUUCAGUUGAUAAUGGGACUUGGUCUUCCAAUGGAAGUCGACGUCAGCAUGAUCGUUGGUUACGUGAUGAAAUUCAAUUACGCCUUGCCCGACAACGCUUCUUACUUGACCCACCCCUAUGCUUCCCGUUACGAUCGAUCCAUCCAUCGAAACCCUAGUCUUGGACACCAAAAGAAAAGUUACGAUGAAGAGCCCCGACGAGGGAGAGAGAAAAUGGUAUCGGCAACGCGCUGGGAAAUCUACAGGGUCAUCGAGACAGCCCUCGAAAGCUUUCGAGUUUCGGGAAAGGGCUGCCUCUUGAGAACUGUUUGCCACGUUGCGGAAGUAGCCUUCGACAACCCUCGUUCAGGACUCUUUGCUGAACUUAUCCAUGUACUGCUCACUCCAUCGACGACCCGUGAGAAAUACGAAGCGACUGGCGAUCAGGAAUACCAUUCGGCCGAAGCUGCGGGUAGAGAUAAUCCAGGAAAAUGUGAAACGCUCUUUUCCGAAUGUGAUCACAAUCUUCUCGAAUAUUUUACGGAAAUUAAUGUCAUCGAAGGAGCAAUGAAGUAUCGUGGGCUGUACGAUUGAACAUUGUGCAUUGCGAUCGAUAAAAGUCGACGUAUUCGCGUCGAGAAUAAGCAGAGUGAGCAGAGAAUAAACGAAAAGUGAAAAAAAAAAUUGUAGUUCGAUGGAACGCCGCUAGAUGGCGCGAGGGCCGAGUCGCUCGCGUUGACAGAGCGAGGCAUCCAAACGUAUAUAUAAGGCGAUCAGAGGCGCUUCAUUUUCUCAUGGAAAAUCGUACGAGUCGACGGAUUAUGAUUUAUUCAUGUACUGUUAGUAGUUAUAAGAUGGAAUA